AUGGCAAUUUCAAAUGCUGCUCAGACUUUACCGGCAGCUUUUGCGUUUGGUUCCGUGACCGUUUUGGCGGUAGGUGCCGCAUUUUUAUCGUAUAAUACUUAUGGAUCGGGCAAUUCCCGCAAUGGCCGGAGGCUGGUCCUCAUUAUUUUCUUUCUAUUCGCAGCCCUGUGGGCAAAAGUAGAAUUUGUCGAUCUACUCAUACCAGUACGGGCAGUACUCUUUUGCCAAAUAAACCAGAUAUUCACUACGGCGUUCGACCAGCUAGCAAAAGUGUCCUUUGAGCAAUACUUACUAUGGUCUCUAAAUUCUGGAUCGAAAUUUACAGCAGUUCAUCUACUUCUACAGGGAUCUUUAUUCGUUAGGAUAAUUGCUGGCGGUGUAUUCCUAGGCUUUACUCGACCAGACUUUAGGCCCACGUGCCUUGCGCGCAGAACGACACCUAUGAUUUCGAUUGUCGUCAUGGGUCUAGAUAGUCUUAUAAUUUGGGUUCUUAUUAUCAGAUCUUUGGUUAUGAUGCUACGGCGAAAUAGAGGCAACAGCAGUUUUAAUCCGAAUAUGGCUCAAAUAAGAGCUUAUUGUUUCGUCCUCUUGGGAUUUGUGGUUUGGGUUGGCAGUAGUGCACCGAUGAUAUUAGGGUUUUCAUCGUUUAAUUUCCUUAUCAAAACGGUACUUCCCGCAUCAACACUUGGACUUCUCAUUGGAGUCACUAUUAUAUUUUCAGAUCCUUUGGCAAGUUUUAGUGAGAAAAAUACAUUGACCUCAGAAGCUUCAUCACCUUUCAUGAGUCCUACUCCACCAUCUCAAGAGUCAAGCAACCCAACUGCUUUGAUAGGAUCCCCAGCAUCAGGAUACCUAAGAGGUCCUAAUUUAUAUGUCGUCAAUCCAUCCAACACUCCACGUGACUCUCCAAUUCCAUUUAAGCCUAGCCGUGGAGCUAAAAUCUCCGAAGCUACCCCUAGAAAUCUAUCUGAUAGAGAUGUAUUUGAUUCCUCUGGAGCUCAGAAUAUGACAGUGGUACCAUUAAAUGAAGAAUCCGUCAAAAAACUUGUUGAAGGAGAUGAAUAUCAAUUUUCAGCGAAUCAAGCACCGGGCUAUAGGGGCUCAAGUGGAAUUUUUCCUUCUUCGCAAGUCGAUAAUCAAGCUGCUAUGGCACCUGCAAUUAUCUCAGACUUAGGUCCAAAAUAUUCUACAAUAACUUCACCAGCUCCGCUGGUAACUACUUCUCAAAAACGAACCGGAUUCAAGUGGAAUAUUAAGUCAAGCUCAGAAAAAAUUAGCAUUCGAAAUCUUCCAAUCUCAAAACCCAUAAUAUCCAAUAAUGAUGAGAGCAAUAUCCAACCUUUUAACCGGAUUCCCACCAUCGAUUUACAUCAGGCAAUUACAAAUGAUCGUAAGCGUAGAGAGGCAGCAGCUGCUAAAUUUCAGCCAAUCGCUAGUAAAUCAAUUUCGCAAUCACCAUCAACGUUAGCGACAGAACUUUAUAGCCCAGAGGAAGCCAAAAAAAUUUACAGCUUUCGAGAGCAAAUUCUCACUCCUAAAUCGGUUGAGGACUCUGAGGUCGUUGCUGACAUUAGACUACCAUUCAAAAGUUUGAAAUCAAAAUUUUCAAACUUUCAAGAACAGAAUUUAAGCCCAGGUUCUGACUGUAGCAGUGAUGCUGGUAGUUCGACCGGUAGUUCGACAUCUAUUGUCCAAAUUAAUCGUGAUGAGGUUCGUCGAAGAUCGCCGCGUUUAAGUAUCAAUUCCUACAAGGCUGUAAAUGAGACCAAAGCUAGACAACGGCAUCAAUUCAUCAGGAAAACUUCUAUCGAUAAUGAUUUUCAACCACAAUCCUCGGGAAGGAUCGAGCUUCCAUCGGCGGGAAUGAAAGGUCAGGAAAGGGUAUUUUUUUUAAACGAUAUUGUUUAUGACAAUCCGGAAGUCGUUGAAAAUAUUAUGAAGCAAGUCCCUGCACCGAAAACUAUUGUAGAAGAGCCCUACCAUACUGAUGGUAAAUUUUCAAAGAGAAUAAAUCCAGAUUAUACAACAUCUAUUAUACAUCGUCCUCGGCCAAUCAAGCGAAACUUGGAUAGAGCGAAUGGAAUAGGUCGUAGACGUAGUAAAUCAGUCAAUACAUAUCACUAUGGAAUAGGAAUGAGCAAUCAAACUUUAGGUAGUCCCAAUGACCUACCGCCUCUUCCACCAUUACCAGCCCGCGCUGCCAACCUUAAGCGAUUGUUGCAAGAAGACAGUGCCAUCAUGACACACGAAGAAAAGGUUCGAUAUUUAUUUCCACCACCUCCUCAGACGCAAUAUUCAAAAAGAAAUCAUAAACGCCAUUCAUCGCUUCCGUCUUUAAACCAUGCUCUAAAAAAGAAUACCCAGGAUUCAGUUACAAUUUCAAAACCUUCUCCGGAAAAAAACUCAGAUCUAACACCAACAGAAAAUUCUUUCUAUGAUAUUAAAGCCAUUCCUGAAUUUUCACGACCUCCAUAUGGGUCAGCUAGUAAAUCACCGGCCAAAGAAUUUAGCUCAGAUAUAUAUAUGAAAUACGCCCCAAGUUCUGCUUCGGUAUCUAUGGAUACUGAAUCAUCAUACCUCCCUUUUUCCGAUAAUCUCCAAGCAGUUGACUCUAAAAAAACUCUGGAAAGACGGGCUAAGACACCCUCACUUACUAUAAGCGAUGCAACCUCUGUUGAUUUAAGUGAUUUGGAAUUUGCGGCAGACCAAAAACCUUACAAUUAUGAUAAAAGAAGUAAUUCUAAUCCUUCGCACAAAUUAUUCCACAAAAUAGAUGAGAGCUCUCUUGUUUCUUCUGAAGAGGAGACUAACUAUGAUGAGAUGGUAACGGUUAUGCUCGAUUCAGAAUCCAUUCCAAGUAGUAUCGAUCAGAAAGAUGAAAUUGUCACUGUUAUGCUGGAAUCAGAAAAAUCUCGUCAAUCGUUCAUGAAAGAGAUUCAAGGUAGCAAUAGACCUACGCAUUCAAACAAAAAAUUUAACAAUCUCUACGAAUCUGAGAUGGAAUCUGAGAUGCGAAAUUACGAGUAUCAGCGAAUGCGGAAUCCUAGGGCAACUUUCUCGGGAAAUAGACUAUCAAUGUCCAAAAAGCAGAAUUUUCCACCACCAUUGAUCUUUGAUCAAGAAGAUAAAUCACUCAAAGUCAAUAAUUAUCAAGAGCCUUCUCCUCCAAUUGACUCCCCCCAGCGAGAGAUUGUAAAAAUUGAGGCCGAUCUACUCGAAGCAAGGAUGAUAUUUCGUAGCUCGACUGGAUCCCUUCUCCGGGAACUUCCAACAAAUAUUUCACCCUCUAGCAAUAAUGAUUCUCGUUUAAUAGAGAAUAUCGAAAAAGAGAUGGAGAAACAGUCAGACCAGUGGUUACGGAUGCAGAGUUACCUAGAUCGUAGGUCUACGGGCAUUACCAUGGCCUUAUAUGAAAACGAUUUAUCCCAACGAACUGAAUCAUUUUACACAGCCAAUGAUUCAAGACGUAGUAAUAUAAGUAUUGAAUCUUUAAUUUCCCCCACACUUCAAGAAUCUAGUAUUAGUGCAUGGCAGCGUCGACUAGCAGAAACUCAAAAAUCAUACACUGAUCUUCAUCGCAGAAGUUCUAGUUAUGCAAUUACCCCUAUAAUUCAAGCAGGAAAUCCAACGCCACCAGAAAGCAGCGAAUCAGAUUCUGAGACUACUUCUGAGUUUGAAUACCAUCAAGCAACUCCUCGUCAAAAAAUCUCCCAUUUAAGGGAAACUAGUUUUAUGAUGUGGAGAGCGUCGACACAUUCAACAUACAGGGCGCUUGGACGUUUGUGGAAUCCCCCAUCCGAACCAAUAAUCUGUACAAAUGAUGAUCCUCCAGCAAAGUCCCUCCGACCUCCACGGCGAUACAAUAAACAUAAACUGUCCAUCGUUAGCCAUAAGCUUUGGUCAAAAAAUCGAUCGAAGGUUCUUGAACAAUACCAUCCAAAUCUUUGGAGCCCAGCGACAACGGAAUCCAAAGAAAUGAGUACUCCCCUUCUAAUAUUACAGAAUGAAACUUCAAAAGAAAAUGAGUACGAAUCAGAGACUAAGAUAUACAGUUUGACAUCUACAGAAAACCCUUAUGAUUUUAAUACUCCAAUAUUAGGAUCUGAAAGACUUGAAAAUGAAUAUAACUUUUUGCAGAAUGAGAACCAAGAGCUAAGCUCUAGUCAAAACGAAGUCUCUAAUGAAAAUACACUAAGGAGAAUUGUAUGCCUAUUAAAAACCAAUCAAUAUUCAAUAAAACAAGAUUAUCUUUUGGAUAGCGAAGAUGAAUUUUCGCCAAGUAGAAAAACCAAUGCAAUCACAACAUCUAAUGAGCUCAAACAAAAUGAGAAUCCACGACUGGAGAAUUUUGUAUCCCAAUUACCAAUUCAGCCAUUAUCUAUUAGGAAUAAAAAUUCCUUUGAAUCCCAACUUUGGAAAAAGCAGAUCCCAAAUAUUGAACCUCACUAUGGAUUAACUCAACCUUCUAUUGAUGCUUGGAAUAUAAAUUUAUCUCAAAAUAUUAAUAAUUUUCCACGGACCAAAGUAUACAAACGAACAGAUCUUCCCACCCUUCAGUCAAAUACAUUGUGGAAUCACGAGAGAUUCAAAAAUCAUUUAUCUCUAGACUCGUUCACAUCCAAAUCUUCCAAGGAGAGCAGUGGUACUGGCGAUAAGUUCAAUAAAAUGUGGUACAUGCGGAGUACAGCUGAGAAAGUCAACGACGUGACAGCCUAUUCUCACAAGUCCAUAAAAAAUUCUAACUCAGUUCAACCAUCAACUGGCAUGAAAAUCAACACGUUAUCGGUCUCCAAGGAAAUAGAGCUAACCUAUAAUCAAUAUUUCCCCGACGCCAGCUACUCACGGACAAUGUGGAAUCCACCGUAUAACGUCAAGAGUCUCAAGACACCUGGACUUUUCGACGCCAAGAUCUCGAGAAACGACUUUCGCAGGACCUCGGCUGAUCCUGCCGCUAUUCAAAUGAUCAAGGCACCAAGAAAUGAGUCAAGCUCACUUGAGCUCAGUGACCUUUCAUCAUCUCGUCUCUGGGUCAGAAGGAGUCUUCGAGAUGAAUCAGUAAACUGGAUGAAGGUUUCAGAUGCAGCAAAUGAUGAAGGCAUCGAUGGGACAGAUAAUCUGAUGUGGAAUAAACCCAUUGAUGUGACAAGGAGCAAGACGCCAGGAUUAUUCGACGCCAAGAUCUCAAGAAACGACUUUCGCAGGACCUCGGCUGAGCCUGCAGCUAUUCAAAUGAUCAAGGCACCAAGAAAUGAGUCAAGCUCACUUGAGCUCAGUGACCUUUCAUCAUCUCGUCUCUGGGUCAGAAGAAGUCUUCGAGAUGAAUCAGUAAACUGGAUGAAGGUUUCAGAUGCAGCAAAUGAUGAAGGCAUCGAUGGGACAGAUAAUCUGAUGUGGAAUAAACCCAUUGAUGUGACAAGGAGCAAGACGCCAGGACUAUUCGACGCCAAGAUCUCAAGAAACGACUUUCGCAGAACCUCGGCUGAGCCUGCAGCUAUUCAAAUGAUCAAGGCACCAAGAAAUGAGUCAAGCUCACUUGAGCUCAGUGACCUUUCAUCAUCUCGUCUCUGGGUCAGAAGGAGUCUUCGAGAUGAAUCAGUAAACUGGAUGAAGGUUUCAGAUGCAGCAAACGAUGAAGGCAUCGUGGAAGAUAAUCUGAUGUGGAAUAAACCCAUUGAUGUGACAAGGAGCAAGACGCCAGGAUUAUUCGACGCCAAGAUCUCAAGAAACGACUUUCGCAGGACCUCGGCUGAGCCUGCAGCUAUUCAAAUGAUCAAGGCACCAAGAAAUGAGUCAAGCUCACUUGAGCUCAGUGACCUUUCAUCAUCUCGUCUCUGGGUCAGAAGGAGUCUUCGAGAUGAAUCAGUAAACUGGAUGAAGGUUUCAGAUGCAGCAAAUGAUGAAGGCAUCGAUGGGACAGAUAAUCUGAUGUGGAAUAAACCCAUUGAUGUGACAAGGAGCAAGACGCCAGGAUUAUUCGACGCCGAGAUCUCAAGAAACGACUUUCGCAGGACCUCGGCUGAGCCUGCCGCUAUUCAAAUGAUCAAGGCACCAAGAAAUGAGUCAAGCUCACUUGAGCUCAGUGACCUUUCAUCACCUCGUCUCUGGGUCAGAAGAAGUCUUCGAGAUGAAUCAGUAAACUGGAUGAAGGUUUCAGAUGCAGCAAAUGAUGAAGGCAUCGAUGGGACAGAUAAUCUGAUGUGGAAUAAACCCAUUGAUGUGACAAGGAGCAAGACGCCAGGAUUAUUCGACGCCGAGAUCUCAAGAAACGACUUUCGCAGGACCUCGGCUGAGCCUGCCGCUAUUCAAAUGAUCAAGGCACCAAGAAAUGAGUCAAGCUCACUUGAGCUCAGUGACCUUUCAUCAUCUCGUCUCUGGGUCAGAAGGAGUCUUCGAGAUGAAUCAGUAAACUGGAUGAAGGUUUCAGAUGCAGCAAAUGAUGAAGGCAUCGAUGGGACAGAUAAUCUGAUGUGGAAUAAACCCAUUGAUGUGACAAGGAGCAAGACGCCAGGACUAUUCGACGCCAAGAUCUCAAGAAACGACUUUCGCAGGACCUCGGCUGAGCCUGCAGCUAUUCAAAUGAUCAAGGCACCAAGAAAUGAGUCAAGCUCACUUGAGCUCAGUGACCUUUCAUCAUCUCGUCUCUGGGUCAGAAGGAGUCUUCGAGAUGAAUCAGUAAACUGGAUGAAGGUUUCAGAUGCAGCAAAUGAUGAAGGCAUCGAUGGGACAGAUAAUCUGAUGUGGAAUAAACCCAUUGAUGUGACAAGGAGCAAGACGCCAGGAUUAUUCGACGCCGAGAUCUCAAGAAACGACUUUCGCAGGACCUCGGCUGAGCCUGCCGCUAUUCAAAUGAUCAAGGCACCAAGAAAUGAGUCAAGCUCACUUGAGCUCAGUGACCUUUCAUCAUCUCGUCUUUGGGUCAGAAGAAGUCUUCGAGAUGAAUCAGUAAACUGGAUGAAGGUUUCAGAUGCAGCAAAUGAUGAAGGCAUCGAUGGGACAGAUAAUCUGAUGUGGAAUAAACCCAUUGAUGUGACAAGGAGCAAGACGCCAGGACUAUUCGACGCCGAGAUCUCAAGAAACGACUUUCGCAGGACCUCGGCUGAGCCUGCAGCUAUUCAAAUGAUCAAGGCACCAAGAAAUGAGUCAAGCUCACUUGAGCUCAGUGACCUUUCAUCAUCUCGUCUCUGGGUCAGAAGGAGUCUUCGAGAUGAAUCAGUAAACUGGAUGAAGGUUUCAGAUGCAGCAAACGAUGAAGGCAUCGUGGAAGAUAAUCUGAUGUGGAAUAAACCCAUUGAUGUGACAAGGAGCAAGACGCCAGGAUUAUUCGACGCCGAGAUCUCAAGAAACGACUUUCGCAGGACCUCGGCUGAGCCUGCCGCUAUUCAAAUGAUCAAGGCACCAAGAAAUGAGUCAAGCUCACUUGAGCUCAGUGACCUUUCAUCAUCUCGUCUUUGGGUCAGAAGAAGUCUUCGAGAUGAAUCAGUAAACUGGAUGAAGGUUUCAGAUGCAGCAAAUGAUGAAGGCAUCGAUGGGACAGAUAAUCUGAUGUGGAAUAAACCCAUUGAUGUGACAAGGAGCAAGACGCCAGGACUAUUCGACGCCGAGAUCUCAAGAAACGACUUUCGCAGGACCUCGGCUGAGCCUGCAGCUAUUCAAAUGAUCAAGGCACCAAGAAAUGAGUCAAGCUCACUUGAGCUCAGUGACCUUUCAUCAUCUCGUCUCUGGGUCAGAAGAAGUCUUCGAGAUGAAUCAGUAAACUGGAUGAAGGUUUCAGAUGCAGCAAAUGAUGAAGGCAUCGAUGGGACAGAUAAUCUGAUGUGGAAUAAACCCAUUGAUGUGACAAGGAGCAAGACGCCAGGAUUAUUCGACGCCGAGAUCUCAAGAAACGACUUUCGCAGGACCUCGGCUGAGCCUGCCGCUAUUCAAAUGAUCAAGGCACCAAGAAAUGAGUCAAGCUCACUUGAGCUCAGUGACCUUUCAUCACCUCGUCUCUGGGUCAGAAGAAGUCUUCGAGAUGAAUCAGUAAACUGGAUGAAGGUUUCAGAUGCAGCAAAUGAUGAAGGCAUCGAUGGGACAGAUAAUCUGAUGUGGAAUAAACCCAUUGAUGUGACAAGGAGCAAGACGCCAGGAUUAUUCGACGCCAAGAUCUCAAGAAACGACUUUCGCAGGACCUCGGCUGAGCCUGCCGCUAUUCAAAUGAUCAAGGCACCAAGAAAUGAGUCAAGCUCACUUGAGCUCAGUGACCUUUCAUCACCUCGUCUCUGGGUCAGAAGAAGUCUUCGAGAUGAAUCAGUAAACUGGAUGAAGGUUUCAGAUGCAGCAAAUGAUGAAGGCAUCGAUGGGACAGAUAAUCUGAUGUGGAAUAAACCCAUUGAUGUGACAAGGAGCAAGACGCCAGGAUUAUUCGACGCCAAGAUCUCAAGAAACGACUUUCGCAGGACCUCGGCUGAGCCUGCCGCUAUUCAAAUGAUCAAGGCACCAAGAAAUGAGUCAAGCUCACUUGAGCUCAGUGACCUUUCAUCAUCUCGUCUCUGGGUCAGAAGGAGUCUUCGAGAUGAAUCAGUAAACUGGAUGUUGAUUGUAAAGACGCCAGUAGAUCGUCAAAUAGAAAGUGAGAAUUGGUUAUGGAAGAAGCGGCAUAACUCUGAACAUUUGGAUAUGACAGAUCUUUUCGACGCAAACAAAAUGGACAAUUUUAUAACUCAAAGAAACGAACAACCCGCGGCGAGUGGCAAAUCUUAUAAUCGUCGUGCCCAAUCAAUGAUCCCCAUGAAUAUUAUUUCAAAUAAUCUUUGGAAUGGAAAUUCCAAAAUAAUUGUAGAGCGUGAUGUGAAGUGGAUUUCUGAAUCCUCUAUACGUCCAGAUAGUCCCACUAAUUCAAUAUUUUCAUCGGUGACUAACUCGCCUUUAUCAGAUGGUUGGUCGAUUAGGUCAACAAGUACAAUGGCCUCGUCUCUAUGGAGCAAUGGACAAAAUUCGAAUCGUUUGGUAGCUGAAUUAUUAGAAGACGAGGCAUCGGAGAACACCCAAAAUGAUUUGGUCGGUAACUUGUCAAGAAUUAGUACUCGACAGAAGUUCAAAAAAUCAAUACUUGAUUCAGUCGAUGAAGGAAACUCUACUGUUUUAUGA